GGGGGCGGGCAGGCACGGGCGGCCGAGCUCGUCGGGCCCUGCUGGCGCUGCCCAUGGGGGAGUGCGGGGUGCCCGCCCAGGUCCAGCUCUUCCUCCGUGCCUGCGAGCAAGGCGACUGCGAGACCGCCCGGCGCCUGCUGGGGCUGCCAGGCGGCACCGCCGGGUCGGCGGCCGCCUCCGCCUGCGGCACCGAGGAGACGGCUGAGCCCCGCGGAGAGGCGGCCGCCGCCGCCCCUGCUCCCGUCGUCGCCGUGGACUGCACCGACGAGGCGGGCAACACGGGGCUGCAGUUCGCCGCGGCGGGUGGCCACGAGCAGCUGGUGCGGUUCCUGCUGCGGAAGGGGGCCUCGGUGCAGAGCACGAACCACUACGGCUGGAGCCCGCUGAUGCAGGCGGCCAGGUUUGGACACCUAAGUGUGGCUCACAUCUUGCUGGAAAAUGGUGCUGAUCUCAACGCACAGAAUAAAUUAGGAGCCAGUGUCCUCACAAUGGCCUGUAGAGGCGGCCAUGUCAGCAUGGUAAAAUUGUUGCUGGAAUCUGGAGCUUAUGUAGACAAUUACGACCAUUUUAGCACAAAUGUGCUUAACAGCAGCAGAGAUGACCUUCCUGACAUCACUCCAUUAAUGGCAGCUGCACAACAUGGACAUGAGGCAGUGGUACAUCUGUUACUAGACUGGGGAGCUGAUUGCAAUUACACUGUGAAGACUAUGGGCUGGAGUCCUUUAAUGCUGGCAGCUGUUAGCGGUAAAGUAAGCUUAGCACAACAGCUCAUGGAGAAGGGUGCCAAUCCUGAUCACCUCAAUGUACUGCAUAAAACACCUUUUGAAAUCUCUGUGGGCUUCAAGCACAAAGACAUGAAAGACUACCUGGAAUCUCUCACAACGAUCAGAAUUCAUACAGAUACAGAGAAGAGGCAACCUGAUAUCUUUCAUGCUUUAAAAUUGGGCAAUUUUCAGCUCGUUAAAGAGAUAGUUGAUGAAGACUCAAGUCAAGUCAAUAUUACUAAUGUUGAUGGCGCAUCUCCAUUAAUGAUUGCAGCUGUAACUGGACAGCUGCCCCUUGUCCAGCUCCUUGUUGAGAAAAAUGCUGAUGUUGACAAACAGGAUAAUGUUCAUGGUUGGACAGCACUAAUGCAGGCCACAUACCAUGGAAACAAAGAAGUUGUGAAGUAUUUGUUAAACCAAGGAGCCGAUGUCAAUCUUCGUGCGAAAAAUGGAUACACUGCUUUUGAUUUGAUAAUGUUGCUGAAUGACCCAGACACAGAACUUGUACGGUUGCUCGCAUCAGCAUGCAUGCAAGUAGAUAAAGACAAGAAUAAACUGAACAACAGAUCAUCUUUGCCUUCUUCCAGAAGUAGACAAUCCUUAAAUGUCCCAAUGCUGCCAGAUGACAGAGGUGGUCUAAAGUCUUGGUGGAGCAGGAUGUCCAAUCGGUUCCGCAAGCUGAAGCUGACUCAGACCUUGCGCCAUGGAUUUUCUUCCAAUCAGUUUGGGCCUUUUCCUGAUGAACCCGAAUCUUCAUUAAAUUCCACUAUGAAAGCAGUUCCACAGAGUGACACAGACUCCUCUGGAACUACUGAUGCUCCUAUGGCCUGGGUCACAAAUAACACAGGUGUGAACACUGCAAAAGGAGGGAAGGAUGAUGAAUUACUGACAACCAUGUUGAGAAGUAGUGCUCCAUUUACCAGGCUGCCUAGUGAUAAAUUGAAAGCAGUGAUACCGCCUUUCUUACCACCCUCAAGUUUUGAGCUUUGGAAUUCUGAUCGAACACGAAUCAGCAAAGAUGGCAAAGCUGAACAGAUGAGAACUGCCUGGCCACAGAGAGCAAUCAAGCAUGAUUUUAACAGUAGUGGGAACUCAGAUGUAACAUCUGUUAGCAAAGGUACGAGACCAGUCAAAUUACCAGCAUUUGCAAGAAGACCUGCAUCUCCUUCAAAUUCUACAAAUUUCAACCAUUCUCCUCAUUCUUCUGGUGGAUCCAAUAACAUUGCAGGAAUUAAUAGACAUGGAGGAGAACUGCAUAACAGAUCAGGUGGCAGCGCAGACAAUGUUUUAUCACAGAUUGCAGCCCAAAGAAGAAAAGCAGCAGGCUUACCAGAACAGAAGCCCAGCCAACACAAUAGUCCAGUCCAGGCAACUCCUUCCUCCACCCUGUCUGAUACACAGUGUGCUCAAACAGUUGGCAAUGGACACGUAGUAAAGGUACAAAUGAAUCAAAAAACAGAGAUGAGCAAAAGACCUCCAUCUGGGACUUCAUCUACUUCUAAAAGCACAUCACCAACGCUCACACCUUCCCCAUCACCCUCUCCGUCUCCUAAGGUUCACAACAUGGAGUCCUCUCUCUCUUCUUCUCACAGACAGGCCAAGAGCAAUGGUUCCAGCAGUGGUACUAUUACAGAAGAUGGUAACCACUUGGUGGACCAUCAACAACUUUUUCCUAUUCUGAGAACCAGUGAUGUGGAGAAUCAUGAAAGAAGAAACCAUAUGAGAACAAAAGGAGGAGGUGAAAACUUGGAGAAAGAUGAGCUGACUGGCAUCCUUAAAAAAUUGUCCCUUGAGAAAUAUCAGCCUAUUUUUGAGGAACAAGAGGUGGAUAUGGAAGCCUUCCUUACUCUUACUGAUGGUGAUCUGAAAGAGCUGGGUAUUAAAACAGAUGGUUCAAGGCAGCAAAUCCUGGCAGCUAUUUCUGAACUGAAUGCAGGAAAGGGACGAGAGAGACAGAUUUUACAGGAAACCAUACACAACUUCCACUCUUCCUUUGAGAGUAGUGUUAGUAACACACGGCCUCCUGGUCAUUCCCAGAGUACUACUAGGUGAGCAGAAGCCAAUACUUGGAAUUUGAUAAAAUGAUGCAGUGAACUGGAAUUACUCAAGAACUGAAGAAACAUACAGAUGUAAAUUGUCUUCAAGCAACUUGCUGGUGUCUUGAAGAUAGCAGAAAACACUAUUUGUGGCACAGAGCUGGGGAGAAUGUUGUUUUGUAAGAAUGAGGCAACAGUUGCUCCUGUUCAACAGAGAUCUCGCUUUUGGAUUAUUGUGUGUGAGAGCUCCAUGAAGUAGAUUUGGCUGAGAUACAGCAACAGAAGCAAUAGCAAAGGAAGUGAACAUGUAGGUAAAAGAACCAGGUAAGCUGCUUUUUAUUUUAAAAAGUAGCAGUGGGACCUUUACAUUGUCUCUGGAACUUGAAGUGGUUUCUAGGAAGGUGUAAUAUUUUAGAAUAUAACAGCAUCUGUUCAGAGUGGGAUCCAAAAUUCACACAGUCACGUACAGCUGUAUCAUCUGGUCUCAUCUGACAUUUGUGUAAAGAGCUACUUGCUUUCACAUCUUCCAUUUGUUGUGAACUUACCAUGUCCUUUGUCCAUUUCCAAUUAUUCUACUGGAUCAGAAGCUACAGCAGAUGAUUUGUUCCUUCUUCACUGCCUCCAUGCCACAGAUGAUUUUAUAGAUAUCUGUGAUAUUCUUCCUUAGCUGUGUUUCUUUUUCCAGAUGGAAGUCUUGGAGGCUUCUUAAACAUUCCCUAUACCAUAGUUUUUCUGUCUUCAUUUCUUUUUUCCAGUAUAUCCUUUUAGAUUUGAAGAUACGAGCCUGACGUAAAAUACUCAAGAUGUAGGCAUACUGUUGAUUUACACUUGAUACAGUAAUUUCUUUUCAGUUAUCAUCUCUAUUUUCAGUUCUCUUACCUUUUACUAGUUACUUCUAUUACUUUGUUUUUUUAAAUACAGUGGAAGACUGAAUUGGUACUCAUUGGAACUGUGUGCUACAGCCCAGAUCAUCUACUGAGUGUGAGCUAAGAGGGCAUUUUAUAUAACCAUUCAUAAGUUGGUUUUUUUGGGGUUUUUUUUUUUUUUUUGGUUUUGUUUUUUUCUUUUUUUCUGUAUGCCUAAUUUCAUAUUAGCUCAUUUUUAUCUUCAUCUGAUUUCAUCUGCCUUGAUACUGUCUGGUCACUGAAGUUUCACAAAGUCCUUUUUCCACUUCGCUGUUUGCCUUUGUUUUUGUUUAUGUGGAUAACUUAGGAAAAAUUGUCAUUUGACUCCAUAUGCCCUUUCCCAAAUCAUAUGUUGAAUGUCCAUAGUCCUCUGUGAAAUGCUACCAGUGAAUCUCUUCACUGUGGAAAAUCACUGUUUAAUCUUCUGUCUUCUGCCUUCUUAUCUAUUCUUUAUCCACACAAGAAAUGUUUUUACUCUGUGGAUUCCUUGUCUUAAGAGCCAGCCUUGGAAACUGCCAAAUACCUUUUAAAAAUUCAGCCAUCAAGUGGAUCUCUUCUGUGUACAAUAUUGCUGGCACCUUCAAGAAAUUCCAGUAGGCUGGUGAGACGACAUCCAAUUCACUCUUUUGAUACUUUUCCACAACAUUUCAGAGGUUCAUUAUUUCAAUUCUUUGUUCAUGCUUAUUUUCCCUCCUGCUACUUGCCUUCUCUGUGGUCUGUGUUUCCCUGGAUCUCCGCUGGAAUCCUUGAAAAGAUGAGCAUCAUUUUUUAUCAGUUCUGUUACCUGGCAAUUUAAACAAGAAUCUGCUCCCCGUUCUCAAAAGUUCAGCUGCUUAAUCAUUGACUUCCUCUAGAACUUGUGGCUUAGCAGUUUGUUACUUGCUUUGCCUAUUUCUUUCAUCACCUUUUUUAGCAGUACUUCAAGUUAAGAGUCCUUGAAAUUCCACAUAAAAAAGGCUUCUUUAUGUGAAAUGGGAACUUUCACUAGCUGUUCUAUAGUAAAUACAUUUAGUUUUUGGUGUUAACCUAAUCCAGUAGCUCUUAUUGCCAUCUAAUAGUUGGAUGGCAUCUUGGCAUCUCAAACAGGUUACUUCCUCAGAAAUGUUUGAAAAAUAUAUGAAAUGUUUAUGCUUUUUGCAUGGUUCACUGCCAUUGCUUUUUCAAGAGCUCUUUCUAGGCACAUUGAGCAGUAUUAGAAGAAAAGCUGCUUGAUGAUUCUCCCUUUCAUGAUGUAGAUUGUGUGAUAAUAAUAUACUACUCUUUCAACUGUGUCAGUGUCACUGUUUCAUACUUAUCACUGUGAUCUCCUCAGUAUUUUGAGUCAUUUUAAAACUUAGUACCUAAAAUGGUGUGGCUGCAAGUGUAGCUCUGCUUUUAUGAACUUUCUAGGCUUUAGAGAUGUAAAGAUAAUGCAGUGAGAUCUGAACAUAUCCAUAAGGCUCAGAAAUAAAAAAGCAGGGGAAACAAAACUAACUUCUCACUUCCUGAGAAAAAAACCCUCAAAAUUAUCGUAAGCCUAUAGACCAAUUACCAUCACCAAACCUGUGAUUCUCUACAACUUCUACAGUCUUCCCACCCAGCUCCAGUUCCCUAGAAAAUGCCCCAUUUCCCACUGCCCAGGCUCAGUCCCUCUUCUGCUGCCACUGGUGUAAGAACUGUUGGUGCUUUUCCAGCCUGGUUCAGUAUACCAAGCAAUAGAAACAGAAAAACGUGUAGAUGAAUGUUUCAAGAACAGAAAAUAGAACAGGAGUAAUUGUGUUUACACUCCUAAGAAAUGCAGUAGAAGGAAAAAUAUAAUAGGCAGAAAAGGUAAAAGCAGUGCCAUCAGCAAUAAAGGAUUGAUCACAUAACUGAUUUCAUGCAACAGGUUUGGUUAGAGAAGAUACCACAGCUUCUUCUUACAGGAUUUUUGGCUGUUCAAACUCAAUUGCUAGCUUUUGGAACCUCAGCUACCUUCUGAUUGAGCACCUCCUGCUGAGGUCUCUGCUUCAGAGCUCUCUGUGAUAUUCGCUACAAGAAAGUAGAAAAGUUGUCAAGUGUAUAUUGGGUUUUGGCAGCUGAGCUGUUUCAAUUAUAGUCAAGUUCACCACUGGGAGAGAGAUUACUUUGUGCAUCAGGUUCUGUUUUAUCCCUGGGGCUGGCACUGAGAUGCUUCUUUGCAGAAACAAUAGGCUGUAACAUGUAAUCGUUUUCUGUCAGAAUGAUAUUGAGAUCUUCCUUCUUGGCCCCUGCCAACGAUACCAGAUUAGGCUGAAUGUCCAGGCUGCAGGAGCUCCACAUUUUAAAUCCGUGCCUGAAUUACAUAAGACAAAUGAUUACUCUGGGUAUAAAUAAUGCAGUUGUGUAUAAUUAACAAAUGGACAGUUAGAAGAGUGGAGUGGUUAGGAUGGUAUUUUACAGGUUUAUAGUUAGAAAGAUUAUCAUGGUAGAAAGAGACAAUCAAAAAUAAAUGAAAUGGCCACCCAUAUCCUAGGCUCCCAGAAGAAAACUCCAAAGGGAGGGAUCUCCAGAAAGAGAUCCUUCCUCAUUAGCAGUCAGCCCCUAAAUGGGGUCUAGGAGAGGUGCAGCCUGACUCCACUCCUUUUGGUCACACAGGUGAAUUGCCUUCACCUGUGCUCCCAGGGCUGACUCAGUCCUUGCCUCAGGUGAUCAAUCAGUGGUUUAGGCCGUGACUCAACAAUUCCCAUACAAGUGGCUUCUGGACACGUAAGCCAGUAGGAUUUAGGGUGCCAUGGUUCUUCUCCCUGUUCUGAACAGGCAAACAGUACUUGUAUGAAGAAUGUUGUCUUGUUAUCCUUAUUAAUGGAAAUUAAUCAAUGACCUUCAGAAAAUUCUGCUGAAAUUAAUUCUUUCCAAGUGUAAACCUUAAAGAAUUUUUGACUUUCUAAAGAAAAGAAAAAGCUUAACAUUUUCCUAAUGUGUUCUAAUCACAACAGACAGGUUUUUGUUCCUGACAAGAGAAACUGCAUACUAGGAAGAUGUUGCUUUUUAAUAACCUAGUGAAUGUUUCAGAAAGAACAGAUAAAACCACAGUACUAGAUUGCUGCUUCACUAUUCAAAUUUAGAGCAGAUGAGCAGCCUGUGGAGGCAUGAGGAAAGAGGAACUGCUCUGCAAUACAAAAAAUUCUGCUUCACUGAGAUAGGAAGCAGCAGCAUAAAGUCUGAAUUUCUUAGAAAGCUCUGGAUUGAAGAAAUGGUACUGUCACAGCAUUGCGUUAGUAUGUUGAGGCAAUGUUUUUGCUUAUGUGAUUCUAGUAAAGGAGCAAGUCAGAACUUUUUGAAUACCCAGCUGCCAGGACUGAUGUGUAGGGGAUUACUGUUGGUCAAGAUCUACUCAUUCUUCAAAGAGUUGAACAUAGCUGACACUGAUCUAGAGGUUCAUAGAGAUAAAUGACAUGAAAGGAGGGAGAGCUGAAUCUCAAUACAAACAUGCCAAAUCAGAAAUAAAAAGAUGAAAAAAAGCUCAUAUGGAUUAAAUGAUAUUACAAGAAAAAAAAAAAGAAAAAGCAAAAUAACUCAAAAGAAUAUGAUUUAUUCCUGAAAAGUAGAAAUUGAUUCCAUGCACGAAAUACAAAAUUAAUGUAAGAAUGUGUUAAAUUUCAGCCCCGUGAUGAAAAAAUGGAAGUAAGUAUUUAGUGGAGCUCCCUUCUCCAAGUCUGAAACUUGUAACAGAAUUUGCCACUGCAAAAAUGACAUAAAAAAGCAGGAGGACAUCCAAAGACAGUACACCAAAGGGCAUAGUCUUUUUUUUCCUAGGGCAUUUUUUUGUUAUUCUAAUUGUGAAAAUAUAAAUAAAGGUUUCCUGGAGGUAAUGCUAACUGCCAAAUAGCUUAGUUUCCUUUCUAAUAUCAAAUUUAUUGAAAUACAUGAAAAAAAAAAUUAACCUCAUUUAUCUGCCUAUAUAUAACCUCAUGCUGCCCUUCCCCACCUACACGUAGCACUUUUGUUGUAGCAGCUGAGAAGAAAAGGGAACACCUUAUCAUCAAGCAGUUACACUGAACAAAAGAAUUCAUUGAAUAUUCUACAGAUACACAUUAAGUGAAGUAUAACUCUGCCUAUGAAAUAUGAUCCCAUUCAAACUGUGAUAAAUAAUAUCUUCUUUCAGUAAUUCUGAUCUUCCAGUUUCUCCUUAUGUAAUACUGUGUGUUGUUUAUUGAUUCACACAUACAUAUCUACAGGUACUCAUGCAGGCAUUUAAAAAUGUGAUGUAAUAAAGUGGAAGAGAACAGGGAGCAGUUAGUGUAUUUGCUUUCCACCUUAGGAUUCAGAGUCAAAAAUAACAAAUAGAAAUUAUCCAAAGGAGGGAGUUAGAGACAUUACAAAAUAAGAGCAAAACUGUAUAGAUGUGUAAAUGGAAAGAUGCAUAUUAAGAAAAGAGAAAGGUUUGUGGCAGCAGAUGGCUUUUCAUAUGUUCUCUUUACAGGAGUGGGCUUAAGAUGAGUAAAAUGAAUUACAGGGUCAAGCUGUUGGGGUCAGGUGUAUCAAUGAGACUGGGAAACAUGAACCUGUUUGUGCUAACUGUGGAAUUUGUCGGUCUUCUUUAAAGUAAAGCUUUGAGUCUCAUUGUUUGCAAGUUGUCAGAUGUAUUUAUUUAUUCUU